AUAAAAUGGAUGAUUGCUUCUAAUGAACAACAGCAGCCUCAUUGGCUGCAGGUGAGGGGGCCCCGCCCACCUGUCAGCAACAACCACCUGUGGAAGAAAGUAAGCAGAGCACAGAAACGCCGAACCCUGACACCUUAUACAUUUUAAUGUUGUCAUCCUGCAGAUCUUAAGCAGACGGUUAAAGAAGAAGUUCCUGAAGACCACAAACCUUCUCCUGACCUGCAUGACCCAGAGCCCCACCACAUAAAGGAGGAACAGGAGGAAGUCUGCACCAGUCUGGGGGGAGAGCAGCUCGGUCUCAAGGAGGAGAUUGAUGCCAUCAAGUUUCCAAUCACUGCUGCUCCAAUAAAGAGUGAGGAUGAUAAACAUUCCUCUGUGCUCCCACAGCUUUACCACCACCACAUUAAAGGCAGAGAGCUUCCAGUAGAGAACCAUGGAGGAGAAGAAUCCAUGAGGAUACAAGAUCAUGAAGAUGGGUCCAUUUCCUCAGAGACAGAAGAGGACAGUGAUGUGGAGCUCUCCGUCUCUGAGCUAAAACAGUUAGCAGCUUUUGGAUUGAAAACUAAGAACAUGGAAAUUAGCUGGAAGAAGGUCACAGCUCCUGAGCCAGAAGGAAACAUGGCUGAUAAACAUUUUAGCUCCUCUGAGUUUGCUGUACAACUUCUUCAGAAAGACAUGAAACACUCAGAAAUUGGACCUUCAAGCUCCCUGGAUAAAAUGAAAAGUUUUAAAGAGAACAAUGUAGACUCACAAAGGAGUUCCAAAAAAACGACUGAAUUUAUCUGUGAAGACUGCGGUAAAACAUUCACUGAAAAACACGAGUUAAAUAUGCAUAAGACAAUUCACACAGGAAGCAAACCUUUCUGCUGUGACCUUUGCAAACAGAGAUUCAGUCGGAAAGUACAUUUAAACACACACCUGAGGAUCCACACAGGACAGAAACCUUUCUGUUGUGACCGAUGCGGGCAGAGAUUUAGCAGGAAAGAAAGUUUAAACAGACACACAAGGAUCCACACCGGACAGAAACCCUUCUGUUGUGACCUCUGUGGGCAGAGAUUCAGUGAAAAGGGAAAUUUGAACCGGCACAUGGGGAUCCACACCGGACAGAAACCUUUCUGUUGUGACCUCUGUGGGCAGAGAUUUAGCCAGAAAGUCAAUUUAAACACACACAUGUGGAUCCAUACAGGAGACAAACCUUUCUGUUGUGACCAAUGUGGACAAAGAUUUAUUCAGGAGAGACUUUUAAACAAACACAUGAGGAUCCACUUAGAGCAGAAACUGUUUGGUUGUGACCUCUGUGGAAGGAGAUUUAGUCUGAAGGGAAAUUUAAAUGCACACAUGAGGAUCCACACCGGACAGAAACCCUUCUGUUGUGACCUGUGUGGACAGAGAUUCAGCGAGAAAGGAAAUCUAAACAGACACAUGAGAAUUCACACGAUGCAGAAACCUUUCUGUUGUUACCUGUGUGGCCAUAAAUUUAGCCAGAAGGGAAGUUUAAAGAGACACACGAGGCUUCAUGAAGCAGGGAAAUGAAUAAGCUGUGACUGUUACAGUCAACUGUGUUCACUUAUUGGUUUCUGCUUUUCCCCAGAGGCUCAAUUUCAAAUUUCAUUCUCAACACUUUUUCUGAAGGUUGUAUAUUUUUUAUAGAUAGCUGGAGUUUUUCCUGGAUGUUUUUAUUCAUCUUAUUUCAUCUGUUGGAUAAAUAGCUAUAUAGCAUCAAUUGAAAUCUGAAUCAGAUUAUUAGAUGAUAUAAAUAUUUUUAAAAGACUUUACAUAUUUAGCUUGAUUAUAUUAUUAGAAAAUAUCAAAAUCUAUAAUCUAGAAAAUGUACGGACAGAACUAGAUUUGUUAGAGUGGCGGCCAUUAGGGGAGUGGUGGCCUAGUAGUCAGGGCAUAGAGCAUGAAAUCCAGAGGUUCUAAGUUCGAGCCCCACUCCCACAGACUGCCACUCUGGGUCCCUGAGCAAGACCCUUAAUCCCCCACUGCUGCCCAAGGGGAGGGGUUAGAUGCAGAGAGGGAAUUUCGUUGCUCUGUAUUUGUGACAUUUGAAAGAAAAUAAUAAGCUGAGUUAUAAAUGUCUUUUUGAACUUGGUGUAACUCUUAGUUUUUCCUGUCACUCAUUUGGACCGUUUCUUCUCAUUUGGGACAAAUCCAUGAUCAAGUCCAUCUGGGGCUGUUUUGAUUUAUUUCACAUCCAAAAGAAGUGGAGUCUAAGCUUUUCAAUGAUGUCAAACUUGUGAAGUAAUCCCAAAAUAAUUGAAGAAGAUCGGAACUUUAAGGAGAACUCUAGUUUAGAAUAACCUUUAAAAUCAUGCGGGAAGCUUUCUGGAAAGUUAACAAAAGCUGUUAAUUUGAAUCCCUUUGUAUACUUUGCUCCAGUAACGCCUCAGCAACAAACCAGACUAUAAGUUACAGCACCGCUUUACAUUAGUUGUUUUAUAUGUUAAGAUGUUCAAUAAAAAUUACACCAUCGUUAACAGUAACACAAACACUGUUUUUAUCUGUUUUUGGUGUCAGCAAGUUGCAUGACUUUUGCAUUAUGGAGGCCUUUUAACAAUGUUCCAGUGGUUUCUAGCUGCAGCAGCUGAAGCUGGGAGCUAACUCCGGAUCUCUGAUCCUUUGGUCCAAAGAUUAUUACCUCAACAAACCAGCAUUAAAUCUUCUAUUGGACCCCCAUGAGCCCCCCAGAGCUGUAUCAUCUGAACCCAGUCCAACUCUACAGCUGAAUCUGUUUCCUCAACAUCAAACUCAAAACCUCCCCACAUGCCCCCCCAAACCCCACCCUCAACUCCUCUCUGCAGCCAAACACAACCUGAAAGCCGUAAACUUGCUCCUCCAUGGACUUUGUCUCCAUAAACUGAACUGGGUAGGAUUGUUUUAUGACUGGGAGCUUACUGGAACGUCUGGAACUGACUCUGAGUCCUAUGAGCAGAAAGUGGAUUUUGAAAACACGUCCAGGAGAAAUAAGGUCCAAAUAAACAGUUGAGCAAUGAAUCUGUUCUAAAUGUUUUAGGUUUCAGAGUUUUGUUAGGUUUCCUUUUAGAGUUUGAUGUUGUUCCUCCUGUUUUUUUUUUCAGGUGGUUCGUGUUUCUGUUUCUGAAUCAACUCAGAACAUUUAAUAACCACAAAAGAGAAAAGAAUUCAGUUAUUCACUUUAAUAUCAGAUAAUAUUCGUUCAGAACAUUGAAAAAGAAAAACAGAUAUAGAAAUAUAAAUCUUUGAACAGAUAGAACUAUCCCUGAUUAUUUGCUGGUGAGGAUUGUUUGUCAUCCACGUCAUAGUUAUUUCAAAAAAAGAAGCUGGACUUUUUUAGCUUUUGUUAGCCUGUUGGGGCAUUGCAGGCUAACAAAGAAGCCAAACGACCCCCAUUCCAAAGGGGGGGACCCGUUCAUCCGUU